AUGACAAUAUGGAGCUUGUGUUUGAUCUUGUCCCUUUCUAAUUCAAUACUUGUUUUGGCUUCUCAUGUUAGGCACUUGUGUCGUGCAGACCAGAAGAAUGCUCUUUUGGAGUUCAAGAACGAGUUCUAUGUCCAAAAGCUCCCUUCCAAUGGGAUUGUUGGUGAUAAGAAGACAAAGAGUUGGAGGAACAACACUGAUUGCUGCUCCUGGGAUGGUGUCUCUUGUGAUCCUAAAACAGGUAAGGUAGUAGAGUUAGACCUCAUGAACAGUUUUCUCAAUGGCCCUUUAAGAUAUGAUAGUAGCUUGUUUAGACUACAGCAUCUUCACAACCUGGAUCUUGGCUCGAAUAAUUUUUCGGGUAUUCUACCAGAUUCCAUAGGCAAUCUCAAAUAUUUGAGGGUUUUGAGUCUUGGUAAUUGCAAUCUCUUUGGAAAGAUUCCUUCUUCACUCGGAAAUCUUUCUUAUCUCACUAGUCUUGAUCUUUCUGUUAAUGAUUUCACCGGUGAGCUACCGGAUUCGAUGGGCCAUUUAAACAAGCUAACAGAGUUGCAUCUUGGAUCAACCAAGCUCAGUGGGAAGUUUCCUAGUAUGCUACUCAACUUGAGCGAGCUCACCUUGAUCGACCUUGGUUCUAACCAGUUCGAAGGAAUGCUCCCAUCUAAUAUGAGUAGCCUCUCCAAAUUGGUGUAUUUUGGGAUUGAUAGAAAUUCAUUUUCCGGAUCUAUUUCGUCGUCUCUCUUCAUGCUCCCUUCAUUGACCUCUCUUGUUUUGGGAAGAAACGACUUCAGCGGUCCUCUUGACUUUGGGAAUACCUCUUCACCAUCUAACCUUGGAGUUUUGUCCCUUCUAGAAAACAAUUUCAAAGGGCCAAUCCCGGAGGAACACAGGGAGAGGCAUGGUCGAUUUCAACAUUUUCUUGCAUCUCAAGUCACUUACGUUACUUGA